UACUUCUGAAUAAAUGUGUUUGACUUUUUUUAUUUUAGCCAUUUAAUAUAUUUAUAAGUUAGAGGAGAGUAUUGUAAGAUAUAAGAAAAUGUCCAAUCCGUUUGGCGAACCAGAUGAUGACGAAUCUUGUGAGAUUUUGGAAGGUUUUCUCUGUCCAAUAUGUAGAGAAGAUCUCAAAUCAGCUGAAUUCUUAACUGUGCAUUUCGAAAGGUCUCAUGCAGAACAGCAGGAUGCUCUUAAAUCAGUUUUUAAAGAUAUAAUAUCAAAAGCUAAGAAUAAAAUCCUUAAUUUAGACGAAACAUUUGACCUCUCCAGAAGCUUCGAUAAAAAUGCGACUAUUAGCGGAGCCGCUAGCAGUGGAGGAACAUCAGGUAAUUUGACGACAAAUGCCACUUCGGGAGCGGAUAAUAAUGGUUUAAAAAUGAGUAAUGCACGAACACGUAUGAAUGUCUUCAAUUUUAUGGAUCGUCAAGAAGUUGGCGCCGAGUAUAAUCAUUUGGAGUAUUUUCAAUCGAUAAGAAACCCCCGACUGGAGCGAUAUGCAAGUGAAACGAAUAAAUUGAUUAUUCGGCUGCAUAAAUUAUUAACCAAUUUACCAAUGGAUCCCGUACUGCGAAAACAACAUGAACGCAAUAUUGUUACAUGGUUGGAUGGAAGCUCAGUGAAAUUAUGCCCCAGUUGCGCUAAAAACUUUCACAUUGCUCGCCGUCAACAUCACUGCCGUUUGUGUGGAAGUAUUAUGUGCAACGAUUGUUCAAAGUUCCUUCCAAUUGAAACUGCAUUACAACUUGCCAGUUUGGCUACUUCACAAAGCGAAGCUAUCAUGCAAAAUUCUUCCGAUGCGAAUAAAUCAAAUCCACAGCACCAUGGUAUCCGUUCCUGUGAUCAUUGUUUGUGGCUUUUAGAAACACGGCAAGAAAUGCAUGAGAGUCGAACAUACCGUCCGCUUAUUUCACAAAUUUAUGCAGAUAUACAAAAACUUCGCAAAGAUGUAUUACCCGAUAUAGAAAUGUAUUUAAAGAUUGUUGGUAGUCUUUAUGAUGGAGAGUCAAUUUUCACCAUUGCCGACGCAAGUGCGUUAAGGGGAAAAAUUGGUCAUGUGGCUGAAGCUAUUGAUUUGCGGAGUAAACGUAUAUUAGCUAUACCUUGUCAAGAAGGUAGUCGAGAAGGGGCCCUAAAAAAAGCCAUACGUUUAUCAUGCAGCCAACUAAUCAAAGACAAAAUUCUGUCAAUACCACCCCUACCUGAGGAAGAAGAUAUACGAAAAAUUCAGGACCGUAAACGAAUGGAGGCAGAACAACGUAUUGAAACCGAACGCCGUCAAGCAAUGGAAGCAUAUGAACGACAAGCAUUAGCAAAUAGCGCUAGUGGCGGUCAAACCAGAGUAAAUAAUGAGAACGAUUAUGCGUACGGGUCUGACUUGCGAUCUUUAGAUAAUUGGUCGGCGCAACCAGUAAAUAUAUCACAAAGUGAAGAUCCACUUAUUGAGCAAAUAAAUAUUAUUAAGGGCUACAUAAAACAAGCUCGACAAGAAAUGAAUUUCGAAGUAGUGGAGACAUUAGAACUUAAUUUACGAGAACUGCAAAGGGAAUUCUACGAAAGGCAAAGAGCUUCUAGAGAACUGAAUCAAAACGCGGGAAGAAAUAAACAAGCAACAUAGAGGAGAACCUACAAAACAAAUAUUGUAUACAUUAAAAUAGGGAAAAUUGUAAGUGAACAUUGUUUGAGUAAUAAGUGUCCAAACUUGGCUUAAAACAAACUUAUAAUUAGCUAUACCUUAAAUUUUAGCAAAUAAGAAAACGAGUCAUGGCAUUAUACAUUUCUCAAUGUUUUCUUAAUUAUAUGACAAAGAAUGUUCACCCUAAUUGAUAUUUUUACACUAAAAGUGUAAUAUAUUAUAUAUACUCCACAUGAGCAUUGCGUGUCAAUUAAAGUGGAAUUUUCAUCAAUUCAAUGAGAUAGUUAUUCAUAAAAUGAAAAUAUAUUCCUACAUUCCGCGUCCAACAA